AGAGCCAACCAGGUCAGUUUGAGAAGGAAAGGAAGGAAGCUUGAUAAGAAGAAAGCAGUGCACGCCGGACAGAACCCAGUCUUGAACGCAGAAAAGACAGUGACUUCUAUUGUAGUGAAUUGUGACAUAAGGGAUAAAGAGGUUUGGAAUUAACAGUCUUCUUAGAGUAUUUUCCAGUUUGAUUCAAUCAAGAUAGCCAUCUAUAGUUCGCUAGCUAGCAAGCGAUUUCUCUUGCUCUAGCGGUCUAUUAGCCAUGGGAAAGAAGAGUCGUGAAGAUGGUUCCUCGUCUUCAGAGGAAGAAGAGUAUGUUGUUGAAAAGGUGCUGGACAGAAGGGUAACAAAGGGCCGAGUUGAAUUUUUCCUCAAGUGGAAAGGGUACUCAGAGAAGCACAAUACAUGGGAACCAGAGAAGAAUCUAGGCUGUCCUGAGCUCAUUGCAGAGUUCAUGAAGACCUACAAGAAGAGCAGCAGUAGUAGUAGUAGUAGUAGUAGUGGUGGUGGUGCUGCUGCUACCCCCAGCAGUGGGGCAGCCAAGUCCAGCUCAGGCCCUUCUGGGCGCUCCAAAGACAGUAGCGGCAGCAAGAGGAGAAACUCAGACGAAGAUGAGGAGGGCAGCAGUAAGCCCAAAAGAAAAAAAGAAGAUGAAAUACUUGUUGCACGUGGCUUUGAGAGAGGUCUUGAACCAGAGAAGAUCAUCGGCGCCACAGACUCGUGUGGAGACCUCAUGUUCCUCAUGAAAUGGAAGGACUCUGACGAGGCAGACCUGGUGCUCGCCAAAGAGGCCAACCUCAAGUGCCCACAGAUUGUCAUAGCCUUCUAUGAGGAGAGGCUCACCUGGCACGAGGACGGAGACAAGAAGGAGAAGGAGGCCGUGAGCGUGUGAGUGGGCGUCCGGGGCGCUGCAUGGGCAGAGCAAGACCCUUUUCUGCCCCAUGCUGCAGAGACUACCUGGAGAGAGAUGCACGCACACACACACACACACACACACCUGUUGGCUCAUUGUUUCUACUGACCGUGUGACUCCCCCCAGAACAACUCUGGAAUAAACGGCCCGCCUCAUGGCGGCCUCCUCCCCCGUGCCCCGUGUACAGACUAACGACACAGAACACAACCGUUCACGCCUUCCCCAACCCAGACACUGAAGCACCAGAGCUUAACUGAACAGCCCUCCAUCUUGCGGACUCCGCUUUCUUCUCUCUCUCUUUGCUGUCGUUCGUUUUCUUUGAUUCCCCUUGUGCCGUUUUUAAAAUUGUGCUGAUUUGUGUUGGUGAGAUUAUAUUUGGGUCACUUGCUGAGUACAACUGUCCUAGAGGGACUUUGAAGGUAGCCUUCACCAAAUGCAUUUGAGUAAAGGUGUGCGCCUCACGACAAACCAUCUGGUUUUCUACAAAGGUUCCUUCAAUGUAGUUUUUGAUAUUUUUAGUGAUACUCAUGUUCAAGGUCAGUACUGUUUUUACCGUCAGUUUAAGGAUUCCCUGCUUUUCUUUCUCUGUUGAUGGACUCUUUUUUUAUUUUUAAGUGCUCACAUUUGAUGUUAAAUUAAGCCAAUGUCCAACACUCAUUUUUAUCGACCUUUUUUUAAAGCAGCUCACUUUUUAGCAGAUUGUUCUCUUUGAUUUCCAUUUAACAUUUGUCAACUUCUCAGAUGAAUGUCUUGUAACAACAAGCACAAGCAAGGGUGAUUUGUCUGGCCCAUGCCCAUUUGCUGACGUGGAUGGUGUUUAUAUUGAACCUAACUGCAAUAAUGGUAGAAUGGGACCAGCCACCCAAUGAGACGAGUUGGACAAUCAUAUCAUAGAUGUGAGUCUUCACAAUGGAUUAUGGCACCAGCUGAAGCAUUAUGACUGAAAAGUGUGCCACCUUGUGGCUAGAUGAAGCAAAACAUGUUGGUUCUCUGAUGGAAGCUGGUGGUUGCUUCCAUUUUAGACUCCCCUGCUCAUUGAUGGGGUUAUUUUUGUGGUAUUUUAUUUCCGGUUAUCCAAUGAAUCCAACCAUUAGAGUAUUUGUUGUACUACGUAUUAGUGUGAUGUUAAUAUCAUUAAAGGGAGUUCAAAGAA